UUACCGGAUUCAAACGGUUUCUCGAUGCGGUAUAGUUGUGUUGCUUCGUACUUGUGUCGGUUUUGGCAAGAUUCCCUCGGGCGCGUGCGUUACAUAAAAUGAACGUCGCACGGCGCGCAUCACAAAAAGGAUAAAAAUAGACUUAUACAAUAGUCGCGCGGUGAAAGGAACGCUCGUGACGGGAGCUGCAAAAAGUUUUUCCAAAGUGUCUGGUGUGAAAAAAUUGUGAAAUGGCUCAUCCAGUGGAGCCAAUGGACAUAGACAACAUUGACAGUGACUUUGACAAUAAGGAGAAUACGUUUCAUCACAACAAUGUCCAGCUGUGCACAGAGAAGGGGUACGAGGAGCUGGACGUCUCUGAACUCAACAUGAGAUUAAGGUACUCUGUAACACCAGCAGCAUCUCCCAUGUCAAAGAGUUACACUAGUUAUGUUGACAACCGGAGCAUUGAUUCUGAUGAUUCUUUAAACAUAACAGUCAACGAAGCAAACUUAACCCGCUCAUUAAACGCAACAAUUACUAAAAAUGAUAGUAUUGUUAAGUCUCUUAAAAGUUUACCUCUGCAGUCACUCCCUGCGGAACAGUCGGUUGAGAGGAACGCAUCAAUAUUACGUCAGCUAGACUCCACAGUAACUAGCAACAAUAACAUAACAGUGACAGUCAGCGGAACUAAUGACAUUGAUGACAAUUUAUCUUUGCCAAGUUCUUCUUCAUCAGCGGUUCCUACUCCUGAAGCAACAACACCUACAAAGGACAUUCCUAAGCAUGAUGGAGGUUCACCAAUCAUGAGAGGCUUGAAGAGUGUUCUGAACAUGUUUCGGUCAUCACAGAGUCCCAUACCUCCAUCUGAAAGUGAUAAUACUGCUCCAAAGCAGUUAACACCAACUCCUACCAAGCGGCUUUCAUCUGAACCCAGAGAUAAAGAGACUAAACCGGUGCUUGCUUCAACACCUAUAUCCACACAUAAGGUCCGGGAAGCCAACGGAUCCAAGAGAAACAGUCCUUUAAAGGAUAGCAUCACUUUUAAUGAUGAUUUGGAAAAGGAGUUGCAAUGGAAGGAUGAAACAACAAUACUUUUCAGUCAAGAAAAAAUUCCAAUUCACAAGUUAUUUUAUCAACAGAAGGCAAGCAAAGUUGACAACAAGAUGAGUGACAAUAAAAUGGAUGUGAAAGAAAAUUUUGAUACCACUGUUGAAUACAUGGACAUUUCAUACAAUGAUUCUCUAAUUAAAGAUAGAACUAUUACAGAGACUGGACAGGAAAUACUCAAAAAUGAAUUACAUGUGGCAAAUGAAUCAGACAGUGAGUUUUUGGACUGCGAAACAGAGUCUAAUGUAACAAAGACUGUGUCAUAUGUAGUGGACAAUAAGACAGUUGAUUUGAUCAAAGAUGAAUCCAUAGUUCAGAAAACAAUGGACAAUUUAGUGCUCUAUGAAGAUAAUCAAGAAAUCCAUCAUAUUGAUGAACCUAAAGAACAAGAAAAUGUGACUGCUCCAAUACCAACUGUUAAUAAAGAAGAAACAAUAGAAAAUAAAUUGUUUCCACCAUUAAUUCAAAUGGAAAAUAUUAACUUACUAAAUAAAUCAAAACUAGAUAGUAAUCUAUAUUCUGAAGAUAACUUAAAUCUAACAAAGGAAAUAGAUAAUACCCAAAAAUCAAAAUCAGAAAUUGAAACAGUUUUAGACCUAUCUGAACAAAACCAUGAUGAACUUAAUCUAGAUGUUACUAUGACCAUGGACAAUCCAGAAUUUAAGAAUAAGUCUAUAAAUAAUAUGUUGGAAGUUUCAACUUUAGAAUCACACACUAAAUCACUGAGUUCAUUAAUAGAGAGUCUAGAUGUUACAAAGUCAUUUGAUGAAGAAAAAGCAAAUAUUGAAGGUAAUGUUAAUCUUGAUUUUACUACAACAAUGAAUCAAGAUACAUCAAAUUUAGAAAUUAGCAACAUAGAGAUGCCGAUCCAGGGAAAUCCAGCACAAAUUCUAGAUGCUGUUACUAAUAUUAAUGCUACAAUUACAACCAAUGAUCAAGAAAAUAAAACUUUUGAAUAUAGUAACAUGUCAGAAGCAUUUACUUUAAAUCUACCAGAAAAUUUAUUAAGUUCUACAAUACAGAAUCUUGAUGUUACUAUGAAUGUGGAUAAGAAAGAAGAGAUUACUGAUAAUAAAGGCGACUUAGUUCCUUUGAAAGAUAAGGUGGUAGAUACUACAGUUGACAUUAUCAAGGACAUUAUUAAAGAGGUUCCUGUAGCAACAUCAACAAUAAACCCUGUACAAGAAAUUAUAACCUACGAGGCAUCCCAAGUAAUAGAUAAUAAAAUUGCAUUACAACCCAUAACUGUUAAUGAACCUGCUGCUGCACCUGCUGAUGUUCCAUUGCCUGAUGAUGAUGAUAUAGAAAAAGAUAUGAGCCUUUCUACAGAUACGAGUAUUCCCUUAACAGACAAUGCGUCGACUAUGGUCGAUAGAAGCAUAGCAGAAACAGAAGUUAAAAUGAUAAUUGAAAAUGCAGUUGUAGCAGUAUCUGAAUUUAAUACGCAAUCAUCUGAUAUGUUAUUAAAUGGUGAAAACAUAAAUAAUAAAACUGAUUUGCCCAAUCCCCUCCAAGUACAGGCGGUUCCUAAUGAAGAUGUGGCUGGGGACAGUAUAAACAUAAAUACAGAAGUUUGUAGUGUACCAGAAUGUCAUCAAACACAUCAGAACGAUUCUGUAGCAGACAUUGAAAAAAAUAUUGACACUACUUUUAAUGUGCAUACAUCUAUAGUUAAUGAAAACAUCGAAAACGUACAGAAUUUACCUGAUGUUAAAGAACAUGUAAAUGACAUUGAUAUUACUGCAUUAGGCGCACCUCAAUCUCAAACAAUUGAUAGUGUCGGUAAUGAUAUUUCUAAUGAAGAAUCUAAUAUGGAUGGAAAUCAACUACAAUCAUCUAAUCAUGAACAAGAUAAAACUACACAAGACAACACGCAAAGCAAUAUUGAACCAACAAUAUUAUCUGAUAAUCAGAUGGAAACUUCAGCAUGUGAAGAAAUUUUGGACAAAAAUAGAGAACUAACAGAAGUAUUUCUGAUUGAAGAAAAGAUAGAUAAACUGCAACACGCAAGUGAUAUGGCUUUAAGCUAUCAUGAAGUUCAAGAUGCAUCUCUACUGAAAGAUGUAUCUCAAAAUGAACAUCAAACACUUUCUGAAAAAAAUAAUAUUACUUUAGAAGAAGAUUUAACAAAUUCAGGCCCCAUGACGGAAGUGAAUAAAAAUCUUUCAGUCAAAUUGGAAAAUCAGGAUGCUAAUACCACAGUAACUGUCGAAGAUCUAAAGAUGAGAACUGAUGAAACAAAGCUCAUUCCUAACAAGGAAUUAAAUCAUGCGAUCGAAGUGAAUAUGUCUGAAAAACACAAACUGGACGAAAACGAACUUGCAAAUAAAACUAUAACCAUUGAGGUGGUAAAAAGAACAAAUAAUGAAACAGAAAAAGGUGAUGUUAGACAGGAAGACAUGCAUGAAAAAGCUAUUAAUAUUGUUAUAAAAGAUGAAGUAGAUCACAGUAAUACUAUAGAUAAAAUUGUGAAGAUUGAAGAUAUAAAAAUGACUGAUUAUGAACAAAAAGAUAUCGUUAUACAGGACGAAAAAAUUAAAACUAACGAAAAAGACGAAACAGCUAUAAUGGAACCUUUGCGUUUGAAUAUAAAUGAUGAACUACCCGAAAAGCCAGAUUCUGUAACGGUUGAUGAUGAAAUUAUUGUGUCGGGAAACAAUAGCCCGUAUGUAUCUGUCGCUGCAGACUUGGACAAAGUAUCUGAAGAGAAGCCUUUAGAUAAUUUUGAGGAAAUCGAAAACUCAUUCGCUACUGUAAGUAACGUUCCAAACUCACCGCCGAUUACUUCUAAGGGGUACAAUUUUAACUUUGACGAAAUCGAUGAUCCUUUUGCAACUAAAGUUAAGAUACGUAUGUCCCCUUCCCCCGAAGAGCCGAACAAAAUCAGUGAUAUCAAAAAUGAAGAUAAAAGUUUGCCAAAAGCAGAACCGAUUAAAAAGGAUAUAAAUAAAAAUAGAAGGAGAUCUCAGCCCGCGAGGCAAAAGUUGUCCAACACGAAAAAGCCAUUUAAUGCCACUUUUGAUAGCACUGUGAGUAUUAUAGAUACGGAAAACCCGAAAAUUAAAUCAAAUACUGAAAUUCAACAAACUGUUGCCGAUGUGAAAAUCGAUGAAAAACAAAUUUCUCCUUUAACCUCUCCGAUUGAUGUAAUUGCAAGUACAACCAUUUCUGCGGAUGACAAACAUACUGAAAAGGAUUCUGAAUUUAAAAAUGUUGAUCCCAUAGAGGCUGAGAUGACUUGUAAUGUGACAGUAAUAGAAGACAAACCAAGUGAUGUCACAAUGAGCGAAGAAAACAAAGACUCGUUGGAAUCAGUAACUGCGAUAUCAAAUGAAAUUAAAACUACAUCAUCGUCUGAACAGUCUACCUAUUACUCUGCUGGCACAUCAUCCAAUGAUAGCAUGAAGUCAAGAAAUGUCUUCAAUUUGCCUGAAAUUGAUGAUAUGAACUUUAAUCCAUUUGCAACUAAGUCGAAAAUUCGCCAGUCUCCACCUCGUGAUUUAGAUAUGGACAAUCCUUUUACUACUAAAAGUAAAAUCAUGAAUUCACCUGAUUGUUCUGUAGUACUACAUCAAGAUAACGGCGAGAAAGGAGCAAAUACGACAGCAACCAUUGAAAAUAAUCAUGUUGAAAAACAUUUAGAAGAUAAAAUGGAAACAGAACCUAUGGAGAAAGAUUCCUCUGUCAACAUAAGUAACACUACAUGUUCAUCUAAGGCUACAGAUAAUGACGUCACAGUAAAAGAAGUUAAUACUGAAGACGAAGAUACCGUGGAGGGUCCAUUCCUAGAAGCCGAGGAUAAUAAUGAAAACAAACAAUCUGAUUUCGACGGAGACAACAUAGAUAUGAUGCAAUUUAAUGACAUGCCUGUACAAGAACACGAUGAAAAUGCCGAUGGUGAACUUUUCAUUGAUGCUGAAGCGUUUGAAUUUCUCUUAAAUCAAAAUAAGAGUAAUGUUGUUGCUGAUAGUGGCAAAGAGAGUUUAUUUUUAAAAUUUGAUCCUUUGUUCGCAAAGAGAAUGUCUUCUGACAGUGUUGUCGCUGCUUUAAGCAGAGCUCAAAAAAGACAAAGUACUCCAACGCGGGCCCCAAGGCUACAGAGAAAUGUGCCACCAUCUGUCGCAGGUCCGUCUACCAUGAACUUGACUUAUGAGGCAGAUAUGAAUAUGACUGAAACUACUGAAGAUGUGAAUACCACUGUCUCUAAACCAAUGAUGGUCGUAACUCCAGCAGUUAACCCUACAGCUACGUUGCGAAAAUCUGUGACCCCUACAAGAUCAAAUCGACGUUCGAUUACAUUCACUUCUCCUGCCAUGGCUGUUAUUGACAGGCUUCUCUCGUUAAGCGCUAACAACUCUCUUGUAGAACAAGAAGCAGUCCCUCAAGUUAGUCGAGAGCAAAACGAAGCUGAAUUAGCUCUCACACAGCUCCGAGAAGUGUUAGCGGAGAAAGAAAUAAACGUUUAUAAUCUGCGAUCUGAAAGUAAAGAAUUAAAGGAUAGAUUAGCUACAUUAGAAUCUCAAAUGAAACUUCUCGAAACAGAAAGCCAAGAGAGACUGAAAAAGAUUAAUGAUCUGAAUGACAAACUAUCAGAAAAGACAAAAAUGAAUAAGAGCAUGGCAGUAGUUGUAGAGGAAUAUGAGAGAACGAUUGCGAGUUUGAUAGCCGAGACAGAGCAGGACAAGAAACGUCACGCGGAAGAAAGAAUCGCUUUAAUGAACGAGAGAGACGAACAAACCGCUCAUUUGGCCAGCAUGGAGGUCUCAUUCAACGAUUUACAUAGCAAAUACGAGAAAAGUAAACAAGUCAUCAUGAACUAUAAAGCGAACGAGGAGAGCUACAAGCAAUCGCUCAAAGAAUUUGAAGAGAACGUCUCGAAAAUGCAGAAAAAUUACGAACUGUUGAAACAACACGCGACGUCGAAGCUUAAUCACGCGAAUGACGAACUCCAGAAGAUUAACAGGUCGCACGAAGCAGAGGUCCUCAAGCUGAACGCCAUGAUCAAGCGGAAGGAGCUGCACAUCACCUCGCUGGAAGAAACCCUCGCCCAGAAAACGAAGGCGAACGAGGAACUAACCGCGAUAUGCGAUGAACUCAUAAACAAAGUCGGCUGAACUAAUUUUAGACGAACGUAAACAUUUGCUUUGUAUUGCAGUGUCUGUGAUCUAGGCUGAUAUUUCGGGACUCGCUUUUGUGCUUAUCCGUUGAUAAGCGGCAUUAAGUUAGCAUACCUAGUCUCUGUUACAGAUCGUGCCAAAUCCUAGUGUAACGAGUUUUAUUCCUGUUUUUAUACUCCAAGACUGUUAUUGUGAUAUACUUGAAAUGUCUGUAAUCAUGUGAUUUGUCAAAUGGUAGAACACUUGUGCCUUACGCUCCUGCCCGUUGCACACAACAUUUUCAUGUUCGCACUGUUUACAUUAUGCUGGACAUAAUCAAAAUGUGCGCACCAUUUCAAACGGGAGAAUAAUUAUAAAUUGUGGAUGUUGAUGUUGAAUUGAUAAAUGUAUAUUUUUGCACGUUUAACUGUAGAACAAAAUAUUUAUUUUGUAGUAAAUGAGUAUAUUGAAAUAUUUUUGGGACAUUGUAUCAGUACCUUAAAACCGACCUAUUUUUUGAGAUUUUCUUAAUACCUAGUAUAUACUGUAGUCGUUUUGUAAUGCCUAUACGAUUGUGAAAUUUACGAGUACAUAUAUUCGACAUAGUAAAGUAAUUCGUUUUCGGAUCUCUAUAGAUACUAUAAUUUAGAAACCAUUGAGGAAUGCCCUUGCAUGGAAAUAAGUCCGAAAUAUUCGAAGUAUAUCAAGUAAGUGAAAUACAAUUUUCCAAACAUUGCAAAUGAUUUCAUGCACGGGUGGUCAAUUAUUUUUGUAUGAUAUAGAAAUUAAUUAUAAUAUUAGUUAAUAAAGUUAUUUGACAUUUUUUUAAAA